AUGGAAACCAAUAAUUACAAUGAUAAUGAUUUUUCUUCUCAUAAAAUAGUUGAUGAUACAUCAAAUUCUUAUAAAUUGGUUGAUGAAAAAUCAGUUCCGAAAUUUUGGGUUGAUAAAUACAAAAAAGAAGCAUCAAAAAAUUGGGAUUUAUUUUAUAAAAGAAAUACCACGAAUUUUUUUAAAAAUAGAAAUUGGAUUGGUAGAGAAUUUACAGAAUUAUCUUUUAACGUUGAUGAUUCUCAAGAAAAUUCUUUUAAGUAUGUAUUAGAAUUAGGUUGUGGUGUGGGAAAUUUCAUUUUCCCUGUAUUAGAAACAAAUUCAAAGUUAUUUAUUUAUGCAUGUGAUUUCUCUGUGCGUGCUAUCGAAUUUGUAAAGAAACAUGAACAAUAUAACGAAUCAAGAUGUCACGCUUUUGUUUGUGAUUUAUCUAAUGAUAAAUUGAAAGAUUAUAUCCCAUCACAAAAUAUAGAUAUAGUUUCUUCUAUAUUUGUGUUAUCAGCUAUACCUCCUGAACAUCAUCUAAGUGUAAUUCGCAAUGUAUCCGAGGUAACAAGAAAAGGGGCAAUCAUAUGUUUUCGUGAUUACGCUCAAUUUGACGAAACUCAAUUAAAAUUUGCCUCAUCAAAUAGUCAACAUAAAUUACAAGAAAACUUUUAUGUUAGACAAGAUGGUACUAUGUCAUAUUUUUUUACGUUAGAAUAUUUAAGAGAGAUUUUUGAAGUUGAUCGAUUAUUUAAAUUUAUUAGUGGUAAAUAUGUUGCUAGGGAAACUAUUAAUAGAGCAAAAGAUUUGCGUAUAGAUAGAAAAUUUCUACAAGCAAAAUUUGAGAGAUUAUAG